AUGUUACUACGAUAUCCUAAAAUCCUGCUCCUCGAUGAAGCGACCAGCGCGUUGGAUACGAAAAAUGAGCGCGCGAUUCAGGAAGCGCUCGAUAAGGCCUGCUUCGGGCGUACAACCCUCAUCAUCGCCCAUCGCCUGUCGACCAUCAAAAAUGCCGAUAAAAUUGUGGUGAUCAAGGAUGGAAAAGUGGUAGAAACAGGAAGCCACCAAAAUUUGAUCCAAGCCAAGGGCGCUUACUUUGAACUGGUGAAUUCUCAGGUUUUCGAGGAUCCGGAAAAGAAGGAAGAACUUCUACAGAAGGCUGGAUCCCUCAAGAAAUACUACGAAAUGCUUGGAACGGAUAAGAAAUACUUUUUCUUUGCUAUAUUCAUGGCAGUUACUGAGGGCAUCGUUCCACCACUUUAUGGAAUUAUUUUGAUGCAAAGAGCUGUGGCCUUCGCCACCAACGACAAAGAAGAAUUGCUACGAAAUGGACAUGCUGCUGCGUGGAAUUGGGUGUACCUUGGAGUUUUCGAGUUCUUCCGGGUUGUGCCGAGAUUUGUCUCCAUCGUACUCUCGUCUUGCCGGCUGGCACAGAAAAUUCGAGUCCAAAUCUUCAAAAAUGUGCUCCAUCAGAAUGGCGAUUUUCACGAUGCCGCUGAAAAUACGAGCGGGAAGAUUGUUUCGUAUUUGUCGUCUGAUGUAGCGGCUAUUAAGGAUCUCUUUGGCGAAUACCUUGGCACCCUCACGAAAGCAGUCAGCUCGUUCAGCAUCGGCUUUGCGAUAGCUUUCUAUUUGGAGUGGAGAUCGGCUUCGAUUAUGCUCUUCGUCGUCCCAUUCGGCCUUUUCCAUAGUGUCAUCAUCGAGAAACUCAUGGAGACCUUUUACCGCGAGGAGGCCAAGUCGAACACGAAUAGUAGUGAUUUACUCUCGGAAUCGAUCGAAAAUAUUCGAACCGUACAAGCAUUGACGUUACAAACUCCGUUGCUCCAAAAAUAUUCGGAUUGUCUGGAGAUCCGACGCAUUAAUGGGAAGAAGAAGGGGAAAUAUUUGGCUCUCGGCAGUGGUGUCGCCUGCUCCCUGCAAGUCACCAUGAAUUUUUUCAAGCAAUUUUUCGCAGCUGUUUUUACAUCAAAAUACGAAAGCUUUGAGCCGAUGCAAGCCCUAAGAGUCCAAUCCUCCCUCACAAAUUGUGUAAACAGCGGCAAUGAGUCGAUAAAAUUUUUGAGCAUUUGGACAAAGGCCAAAAUUUCGGCUGAGAUCUUGGAUCGAUUUAUGGAUAUUGAGAAUACCGAAAAUUUGCUGGUCGAAACCCAAAAAAACGAUUAUUCCGAAAUUUCCUUUGAUAACGUCUCAUUUGCAUAUCCAGAACAUCCAGAUGACCUAGUCCUCAAAGAUUUUAACGCCGUCAUCAAAUCCGGCCAAAAAAUAGGGCUCGUCGGCCAGUCGGGUAGCGGUAAAAGUACAAUUGUAGCGCUUUUACAACGAAUUUACGAGCUGAAAACCGGCAAAAUUAAAAUCGGUGGCAAGGAAAUUUCCGGAAUUUGCUGGCGACAAUUGCGCUCGGAAAUUGCGGUGGUUUCACAGGAGCCGACGUUGUUUGACGAUACAAUAUGGAACAACAUUUGCUAUGGUUUGGAGCCCGAGCUUGUCCAAGAAGCCGAUCUUCACGAAGCCGCACAAAUCGCUGGGAUUCCGGAAACGGAGAAGUCAGUCCAAAAAGCCAUCGAUUUGGCGGCGUUCGGCACGACGUGUAUUACGAUAGCCCAUCGAUUGUCUACGAUCCGGAAUUGCGAUCAAAUUUACGUGUUAGAAAAGGGACGAUUGGUCGAACAAGGUAAUCACGAUACCUUGAUGCGGCUACAGGGUUAUUACGCUAGAAUGGCCCAACCAAGCAAUCGA